AUGUCCCAUACCCAUAAUGGAGGCCUUCACUGGAGGUCUUCCUGGAGGCCUUCCCAUUCUCAAAAUGCCCAAUUUCCGAAAUGCCCAUUUUCUAAAAUUUCCAAAAAUUAUUCAGGCCGUCUCCCCAUCCGUCUAGGCAUUGUUGGCGGCAAUCGUGUAUUCCUAGUAACAGAUACAGGAGGCCUUCCCCGAGACGAACCAACAAUGGCUGAAAUGUUAAAAUUAAAUGGAUACCAGACGGGAAUGGUUGGAAAAUGGCAUUUGGGGAUUAAUGCUUUUAAUCAUUCUGAUGGUACUUAUUUACCUGGAAGGAGAGGAUUUGACUUUGUUGGAUUAAAUUUGCCUUUUACAAACAACUGGGAGUGUGACGAAACUAAAGAUUAUUUUACUAGUGGGCCUAACCCUCUGAAAUGUUUUUUGUAUAGUGGAGAUAAGGUGAGGAAGAGGGAGAUUGGUGUUUUGGGUUACGGUAUUCUCUCCGUUUAA